GUCGCGUCGGACCAGAGCCGAUGUGCCGAUAUCGGGGCCCGAGUACUCGAGGAGGGCGGCCAUGCAGUGGAUGCCGCUGUGGCGGUGUCGUUAUGCCAGGGAGUGGUCAACCCCUUCGCCAGCGGUGUGGGCGGCGGCCACUUCUCCCUCAUCCGCCUGGCCAACGGGAGCGCGGAGUUCAUCAACGCCCGCGAGGUGGCGCCAGGUGCCGCUGGCCCGGACAUGUACAACGGCAAGCCCCAAUACGCGUCACUGGACGGCGGACUGGCCAUUGCGGUACCUCUGGAACUGAAGGGACUGGAAUUAGCUUGGCGCCGCCACGGCCGCCUGCCUUGGGCUCGAUUAGUAACGCCCGCCGCGGACAUUGCACGACACGGCUUCGCGGCACAUCCGUCCAGGUCGAGAAGAGAUGUUUGCAUGUCGCGAAAAGUUUGUGGAAUUAAGUUUACCUUCGAAAAUGAAGUUAUAAUAAUAAGGAUAAUAAUGUAUUCACACCGCCGUACCCCGCCGUACACAGUGGCCAAGUACGGCGUUUCAUGGUUGUACGAACCGGAGCGGCUGGAGCGCAUGGCGGCAGAGAUUAAGGCCGCAGGGGGCAUCGUCACGGCAGCGGACUUCCAGGUUUGUCGUACUGCUGCAGAACCGCGAGUGGAGACUCCCCUGACGUACACACUGCCGGGCCCAGUGCCGUACAAGCUGCUCGUUCCGCCACCGCCCUCCAGUGGUGCCGUACUAUUUCUGGCUCUUUCCAUCGUACUGGGGUACAACAGCAGCCUAGACCAGAUGGGCCCUAUGCUGGCAGCGCAUCGCCAGGUAGAGGCGAUGAAACACGCCUUCGCGGUUCGCAACGCCCUCGGGGACCCGGGCACUCAGACCCGUCCGUACACUGACGUGUCUGCCGUACUAUCGGACAUCGCUGACCCCUCCUUUGCUGAACGGCUCAGGUCUCUCAUCAACGACUCCUCCGUACUGCCACAGACGAUGUACGGCGGCCGUUGGAAUCCGAUGGUCCCCGAGGAUCACGGCACCAGCCACCUGGCGGUCCUGGACGCGGAGGGAAACUCCGUGUCCAUGACCACUACUGUAAAUACGGCAUUUGGAUCCAACGUUAUUUCAAAGUCCACGGGGAUCUUGUUCAACAACGAGAUGGACGACUUCAGUCGGAGUGAUACCGCAAAUAAGUAUAGUCUGCCUCCUGCCGCUGCGAACUACAUUGCGCCCUUUAAGCGGCCUUUGUCGUCCAUGUCACCAUCUGUCGUACUGGAUCCAAACGGGCAGUUGCGGAUGGUGGUUGGGGCCAGCAACGGCCCGCGUAUCGUCACGGGCAUCAUGCAGACCCUCCUCAGGAUUCUGUACGGCGGCAUGGAUCCUCUUCGUGCCGUAUCCGAAUCCCGGCUCCACCACCAGUGGGAACCCAAC